AUGCCUUUGGCUGAAACGGAAUCGCGCAAGCCACCCGAUGUCGCAGAGGUCAGGGAUGACGCAGUCCCGGCUUUUGCCAACGGUGCUGCUGGCCGCCUCGUCAUGGCUCCUGAUCUCCCUCUUCGGUUCAAGCACAGCUGGGGUACCGCGGAGAAGCUCUACAAGUCCGAGGCCAUCGACUCCUUCGGCAACAAGUACCUCCUUGGUGUCUACGAGACCGUGAAGGAGGCCGAGAAGGCCUUCGACGAGUGGAACAAGGAGUACGAGCAAGCCGGUGCUGAUGUCAAGGAGUCCUUGAGUGGCUGGGCCAAACAGCAGGAGGCCGCGCUCGCGGAAGACCAG